GGUUGCUGAGCUGGAAGAUGCACGUUUAAGAUGGAAACUUCUGCUUCAACUGCUGCUGGGAAAAAAGAAGGAAAAGGUGCAGUUCUGGAGGGGAAUGGCUUUACGGAGACGGAGAAGAAACCCACUCCUUUAGCAGCUGCAGGAGCAGCAGUGGCACAAGGAGUGCCGCAGCACAUUUUUCCGGCCUUCCACGCUCCUUUGCCAAUUGACAUGCGCCACCAGGAAGGACGAUACCAUUACGAACCUCACUCUAUCCACGCUAUCCACGGGCCUCCUCCCCUGAGCGGCAGCCCCGUCAUCUCCGACAUCUCCCUCAUCCGCCUGUCUCCGCACCCCGCCGGGCCCGGCGAGUCACCCUUCAGCCCGCCGCACCCCUACGUGGCACCCCACAUGGAGCACUACCUCCGCUCCGUUCACGGCAGCCCCACGCUCUCGGUCAUCGCCGCUGCCAGGGGCCUCAGCCCCGCCGACGUGGCUCACGAGCAACUGAAAGAGCGAGGUCUCUUUGGGCUGCCCCCACCUCCGCCGGGAGCCAACCCCACUGACUACUACCACCAAAUGACGCUGAUGGCCGGCCACCCGAACCCCUACGGGGACCUCCUGAUGCAGAGUGGGGGAGCAGCCAGCACAGCCCACCUCCACGAUUACCUCAGCCCCGUCGAUGUGUCCCGGUUUUCGAGCCCACGGGUGACUCCGAGAUUAAGCCGAAAACGAGCCCUGUCUAUCUCCCCGCUGUCUGAUGCCAGCAUUGAUCUCCAGACAAUGAUCAGGACCUCCCCAAACUCUCUCGUGGCGUAUAUCAACAACUCCAGAAGCAGUUCAGCAGCAAGUGGCUCCUACGGCCAUUUAUCUGCUGGGACAAUCAGCCCAGCAUUCAGCUUCCCUCACCCCAUUAACCCCGUGACGUACCAGCAGAUCCUGACCCAGCAGAGAGGCCUGAGCUCAGCCUUCGGACACACUCCUCCCCUGAUCCAGCCGUCCCCGACCUUCCCCCAACGGCAGCACAUGGCAGUCAUCUCUGUCAACCCACCACCGGCACAGAUCAGCAGCAACAGCAACUGCAUCUCUGACUCCAGCCAGAGCAAGCAGAGCAGCGAGUCGGCCGUGAGCAGCACAGUCAAUCCAGUAAUUAACAAGCGCAGCAAAGUCAAGACUGAAGUCGAGGGCUUGCCCCCAGCAUCCCCAACCACACAGGAGCAUCUGACAGACCUGAAAGAAGAUCUAGAUAAGGAUGAAUGUAAACAGGAGCCUGAGGUUAUUUAUGAGACGAACUGUCACUGGGAAGGGUGCACAAAGGAAUAUGACACUCAAGAGCAGCUCGUCCAUCACAUCAACAACGAUCACAUCCACGGGGAGAAGAAGGAGUUUGUCUGCCGCUGGCAGGACUGCACGCGGGAGCAGAAGCCCUUCAAGGCUCAGUACAUGUUGGUGGUGCACAUGCGAAGGCACACCGGAGAGAAGCCACACAAGUGCACGUUUGAGGGUUGCUCCAAAGCCUAUUCCCGCCUGGAGAACUUAAAGACACACCUGAGGUCCCACACUGGAGAAAAACCCUAUGUCUGUGAACACGAAGGCUGCAAUAAAGCCUUUUCCAAUGCCUCGGACAGAGCCAAGCACCAGAACAGGACGCAUUCCAAUGAGAAACCCUACGUCUGUAAAAUCCCUGGCUGCACGAAGCGGUACACAGACCCUAGUUCCCUCAGGAAACACGUCAAGACCGUGCACGGGCCUGAUGCCCACGUCACAAAGAAGCAGCGCAACGAUGUUCACCCGAGGCCACCUCCACUCAAGGAAAAUGGCGACAAUGAGGCAAGCGCCAAGCAGAGCAGCAAGGUUUCAGAGGAGAGCCCCGAGGCCAACAGCACCACGAGGAGCAUGGAGGAUUGCUUACAAGUCAAAACGAUAAAAACGGAGAAUUCUGUGAUGUGUCAGUCCAGUCCUGGUGGCCAGUCGUCAUGCAGCAGUGAGCCAUCACCCCUUGGCAGCACCAACAACAAUGACAGUGGAGUAGAAAUGAACAUGCACAGCGGGGGAAGUCUGGGAGAUCUGACAGCGUUGGAUGACAACGCUCCUGUUGUGGACUCAACGGUCUCAUCUGGUAAUUCGACAGUCAGCCUGCAGCUAAGGAAACACAUGACGACGAUGCAACGACUUGAACAGCUCAAGAAAGAGAAACUCAAGACAGUUAAGGAUUCCUGCUCAUGGGUGAGCCCAGCUCCACAAGCCAGAAACACCAAGCUGCCUCCCAUCUCAGGAAACGGCUCUAUUCUAGAAAAUAGUGGCGGUUCUUCUGCUACGCUGCCUAAUCCCAGAAUAAUGGAGCUGUCCGUCAAUGAGGUUACAAUGCUGAACCAACUCAACGAGCGCCGUGAUAGUACGACAAGCACCAUCAGUUCCGCCUACACUGUCAGCCGCAGAUCAUCAGGGAUCUCUCCAUACUUCUCCAGCCACCUUUCCAGUGAGGCUUCACAGCUUGGGCACCGUCCCAAUAACACGAGCUCUGCCGACUCUUACGACCCGAUUUCAACGGAUGCCUCCCGUCGGUCAAGUGAGGCAAGCCAGUGCAGCGGGAUGCCAGGUCUGCUGAACCUCACGCCAGCUCAGCACUACAGGCUGAAAGCCAAGUACGCUGCUGCCACAGGGGGCCCUCCUCCAACUCCCCUGCCAAACAUGGAGAGGAUGACCCUGAAGAACAGGAUCUCACUUAUGGAUGGACCAGACCCCACCUUGCCCUCCAUCCGCCUCCCACCAGGGCCCAGGCGUUGCAGCGAUGGUAACACCUAUGGCUACCCAUCAGCUGCAGCAUUUCCCCAUGAGGUGCCGGGCAACUGCACGAGGCGGGCAAGCGACCCAGUGAGGAGACCUGCCGGAGACCCCCAGGCCCUCCCACGAGUUCACCGCUUCAACAGCACCAACAGCAUGAACCCCUUCCAUCCUCCACACCCCACGGACAGGAGGAAUUUCAGCCUCCAGAGCUAUGGUCGCUCGGACGGGAGCCUCCCCAGGCACACCUACUCACCCCGGCCGCUGAGCAUCAGCGAAAACAUCGCCAUGGAAGCCAUGUCCGGGGAGGCAGAGGUGCCCGUUGGAGACGAUGACAUUAUGCUGCCAGAUGACGUGGUGCAGUACAUCAAAUCCCAGAGCAAUGGGACAGCAGCCGAGAGCACUUCCAUGGGGUACAGCAACGAGAUGCAGAGCUUCCAGGGAAGUGGGAAGCUGCAGCCUCCAGCCUUGUCUGGUCAGCGCAGGAUGGCAGUGGCCGAGGCGAGCAUGAGUCACUUGGGAUCCAUGAUGGCAGAGUGUCCCUUGAGCUUUGAUGCUUCCUCAGACAUGAAUAAAAAUAACAUGCCUGUCCAAUGGAACGAAGUCAGCUCGGGUACGGUUGAUAUCAUGUCCAAUCAGUCGAAGCAGCAGUUUUCGCAAGGGAACUUAGCGGUGGUCCAGCAGAAGCAGAACUUCGGUCAGUACCAGAACUACAACCAGCAGCAGAUGCAGCUGCCGGACAACAGUAUGAACGUAACACAGCAGAGCUUUAUGCAAAGAAAUGUGGGCAUGGAUGGGCAAAGGCUAAACUGUAUGCAGCUGCGGCAGCAGCCGAUGAGCCUAGGCCCCGCUAUGAACCCCGAUCUGGGUUUGCACGCAGGGUAUAACCAACCUCAUCAGAUGCUGAGCCCCAGUGCAAUCAGUGGCAACCCAAAUCAGAUCUCUCCUUCUUGUAGCAGCAUGGCAGCAAAAUCCGGACCUCACCUUCACCCUCAGCAAAUGGACAUGGCGACAGACCCUUCUUUAAUGGUCGGCAGCAACAGUGAGCGCACAAUGCUGGGCCAGGUCAUGCAUGAACCAAGUCAGCAGAACUACUCAACUCAGCCGACCCACCUGAACUUCCCCAUGGCUCAGGAGGCCUUUCAUCAGCCUGUCAUGACCUCCAACCAGCCAAGCUUUGAGCCUCAGCAGGGCAUGAUGGGCUCAGCCGCGCAGGCGUAUCCACCCGGCAUGGUCCAGCCUCGUCCUCCGCCUGAGCCGAGCCCAGCCAGCAGACCCCGAGGCCUCCGCACCGUCCAGCAGCUGGGCUACAUGAGAACUCCCCACCCUACAAACACCAUCGGCCCGGGCCAGGAGGCGGCAGAGACCACACAUAAAAGAACCAGCGACAUGUUGCCAGCACCGGCCCAGCAGUGUGUGGACGGCACGAGGGAAAACAACUUGAUGUACUAUUAUGGUCAAAUCCACAUGUAUGAACAGAACAGCAGCUUUGAUAAUCACGCGGACUGCCGGGUCAGACAGCAGCAGUGCGCACUGAACAGCAAGCCGGCCACUCUGCCUUCCCCGGGUGCGAACCAGGUGUCCAGCACGGUGGACUCGCAAUGUCUUGAGCCGCCCCAGAUAGAUUUUGAUGCCAUCAUGGACGAUGGGGACCAUUCGAGCCUGAUGUCGGGAACCCUGAGCCCCAGCAUCCUGCAGAACCUCUCCCAGAACUCCUCUCGCCUGACGACUCCACGAAACUCUCUGACACUGCCCACCAUACCCGCGGGAAUAAGCAAUAUGGCAAUAGGCGAUAUGAGCUCCAUGCUAACCACGCUGGCGGAAGAGAGUAAAUUUCUAAACAUGAUGUCAUAA